AUGAAGCAACUACGGAAGGCCUUAGCGAAACGGCCGAGGAAGUACCGGGUCAUGGCUCUCGUUCUGAAACGAGCGAUUAAGGAGCUCGAGGGCGACACGUCAGCACCUGGAGUUCCAACAACCACAUUUCUAAUUCCCACCAACCGUGGCAUUGUAUUGGCGGACCAAGCAGCUUCAGCAGAAGCUGGUGGAGAAGAAGAAGCAGGCAGAGGAGCUAAAACCAAGCAGCUGCAGCAGGAGUUGGUGGAGAAGAGAAGGCAGGCAGAGGAGCUGGAGGCCAGACUGAAGACACUGGAAGCACAGUCCGCAGCAGCAGCAGCCGGAGGCGCUACUAGUACCACCGCCACCACUGUCGCGGCUGCCACUGUUGCUUCUGCCAUUCCGAUCGCCUCACUAUCCACCCGGCCUGCACCGUCCCCUAUCAAGCUGCUUCACUCCACAAGCUUUGGAGCCUCAGGCACGUCUGGCUUGGCCCUGCGCCUCCCUUCCUUCUACUCCCUCGGAGCCCCUCUCUCCCCAACCGGACGGGGAGGCUCGGCGCUUGGUUCGGGGGCCGGCAGGCUCGGGGCGGGGGGCAUAAGAGACGGACAUGGGACAGGAAGAGGGGCGGGUUCUGGGAUGGGUCAUGGGAUGGGGUCUGGGAUGGGGCCUGGGGUGGGAUCUAUGGGCCCUCCUGGGUUGGGUUCUGGAGGGGCGUUGGCGUUAGGGUUUGGUCGGAGGGGAAUUACUCCUGCUGUGGCUGCUCUCUCCGGAAUGGCCUCUACGACUGCUGCUGUGGCGCAAAACGGCGCUCCUCCUCCUGAUCCGCGUGAGAGCUUUCCGGGCAGUCGCAGUGAUGGCAGUGCGGGCGGCGGCGGCGGUGGGUUUGGUGGAGAUGCUUCGACGCGGGUUGCUCUGUUCACGUCUCAGGACGACGGGUGGGCAGGCAGGGACGGAUCUGUGCCAUACGGUGCUGGUGCUGGUGCUGCCGGUGCUGGUGGUAAUGAGGCUUGGUUGGGAGAAGGAGCAGUGACAGUGCCUGUGGAAGCCAUAGACAACACCACGUACCUCACCUGGGCUGCUCAACGCCAGCUCACUCGCAGCUACAGCCUUCAUCUCGUAGGCAGCGGCGUGCCUCCACCUCCUCCCUCUCCCCUUCCUCCUCUUCUUCCACCCCCUCUUCCCUCUCCUCUUCCUUCUCCGCCGCCUCUGCAAUUUCAACCCACACUUGCUGGAGCUUUUCCUUCUGCUGCUGCUGCUGCUGCUGCUUCUGGUGCUGCUGCCGUUUCUGGCGUUCGGGCAGCAGCAGUGGCUGCAGGCGCGAGGGUUCUAGGCUCCUUCGGAACCCUUCUUCCCGGGGGUAGAUCCGGCCCCUCAUCCCCUGCUGUGAUUCCCCACCCCCGCGCGCUUGGCUUCGUGACUGUUGACGACGCCCCUCUAGAGGCCUUUGAUGCUGCUCCCGAGCAGCAAACACCAGUUCAAACUCCGGUUCCUCCUCACCCUCGCGCGCUUGGCUUUGAAGCUGCUGUAGACGCCACUCAGAAAGCACUGGAACAGUCGUUUCAGAGGGAAGCAAUGACUCAAAGUGACGCCUUUCAAAGAGAGGCGCUUCAAGGAGAGAGGGAGGGUUCUGCGAGGGAAACGGCGUUUGGAUCCGAAGUGGUUUUUGAUGGGCAAACAGCGUCUCAGUUGGGUGGUUUUCAAAGGGAGGCUCCUCUCCCUCGCUUGCUUGGCUCUGUGCUUGUAGCUGAUGCUUCUCUGGGGGCAAUAAGAAGUGGAGAGGCGGAUGCUGGCUG